AUGAGUGAAAACUUGAAGGACUGUUUGAUCCAGACCCAGGCUUCCUUAGGGGAGAUGGUGACAAUAAAAACAGAGGCCUGCUCUCCGUGCCGGGACCAGGAGUAUGGACAACCUUGCUCUGGAAGGCCUGACCCACAGUCCAUGGAGGUGGAGCCCAAGAAACUGAAAGGGAAACGGGAUUUGAUCGUGACCAAGAGCUUUCAGCAAGUGGAUUUCUGGUUCUGUGAGUCCUGCCAGGAGUAUUUCGUGGAUGAGUGCCCGAACCACGGCCCCCCGGUGUUCGUGUCUGACACCCCAGUGCCUGUUGGCAUCCCCGACCGGGCAGCGCUGACCAUCCCACCUGGAAUGGAGGUGGUGAAAGAGCCCAACGGGGAGAACGACGUGCGCUGUAUGAACGAGGUGAUCCCCAAAGGUCACAUCUUCGGGCCGUACGAGGGGCAGAUCUCCAGCCAGGACAAGUCUGCAGGAUUCUUCUCGUGGCUGAUCGUUGAUAAGAACAACCGCUACAAAUCCAUCGAUGGGACGGAUGAAACCAAAGCAAACUGGAUGAGGUGA